AAACGUUUAUUCAUGCAUCUAGCCACCGCAGUCUCAGUACAAGUACUAUUAUUCCAUCCCCCUCCUCAUCUGCAUCUAUGGCAUCUGCGCUCUAGUAUCUCAAACCCAGUUGCUGCUGGCCGUGCGCUCGUUUGCGGCUUUGCGUCUUCUCAUUUGGUUGUUGCAUGUUCCUGUCCGACCUUCAUCUUGCCGUAUCCCAUUACGCUUCACGUGAAAUUGGCCGCAGAUGACACUUACCAUUUCCAGCUCGACGAUUCAGAUCAUUUGAUGACGACUGGACCAGGGCUAGAUAUGAAUUGACCUGCACCAUGGGUUGCUGUGCAUCGAGACCGACAGACUCGCGUGAUCCAGACCAUGGACACCCACAUGCCCCUCCUCAGACUCGACACUCCCCCCAGGCCAUAACCUCCCAGACAGCGAUCAAUGGUGCAUCCCACGACCCCGACCCGCGCAAUUUCGCGGCCCCUUCAGGUCUGUCCAUCCAUCAGAGUGAAACCUCCCGAUCGGCGCUGUCCACCCCCAGAGACUCGGUCAACCAGAACACGAGAUCACGGCAGCACCGGCAAUUGUCCCUAGCAGAUCAUUAUAACCUGCCGCUUCAGCCACCCAAGCCGUGGAAGAGCAAAGACAGGACAUGGACACACUCUCAGUUACAGAGGGAGAGGUAUGAGUUCUUCGAGACCCGUGUCACGGGGAUCCCAGAGAUCUGGAGUGGCUUGAAGCAGGCGAUUCAAUGUCUGCAUGAAGGUGACCUGGCCGACGCCCAGGGGAUUCUCGAUGCACUCUCCGUGACACUCCCAACCGGGAAGCUCGAGGAAGGGGCGUAUGAUGAACAUGGCAAUCUGUAUAAAAUACCCCAAGCCGUCAUUUCAAACCCCAUCGACGUUCUCGAGGACAACACGGAUAUGGACUCCCAAACAGUCACCGGUACAAGCGACAUUGAUACCCUUGCAGCCAAAUUGGAGGCGGCAGAGGGCGGUCACUUGGACGGCAGCAAGGAUAGCUCUAACGAGGAAAAGGUGAAGGAAGCCAAGGGCAAAGCCCCUGUCCCCAAGGAUGCGGUUAAGGUCAGAUGCCGGCUUAGCGAUCGCGGAGAUCCUGAUGUGGUUGUUUUGCUGGGCAAGAGCCAGAGGGUGAGCGCCCUGGCUCAGAGGAUCCGGGAUGAAACAGACGUCCCCAGCAAAGCCAACAUACGGAUCGCAUACCUUGGCAAGAUUUUGGACGAGAAGCUGACCUUGGUAGAACAAGGCUGGAAGGAAGGGCAUGUGAUCAACGCUCUCGUGGUGGGAGUAUAUAGUUGACCUGCCUUUGCCGAAAGGGGGCUGAGUAAUGAGUGCUGCUGGGAAAUUCCAGGAGCUUUUGCGGAAAGAAACGGCGCAGUGUCCAAGCCAGCGAUGAUUGAUUUCAGAUACCCUGCACAGUGUGUGUAUAUCUAUCUAAUGAAGAUGUACAAAAGGCUCGAUGGCGUCAACGUCCAGGAGGGGACCAUUGCAGAGAGCACAGAGAAAUCUGUAGGGAGCAGCUGCUUUUGAUAAUAUUCUAAUCACGCUUACGAAACUGUCCAACGACCUAGAGGUUUUGCUUUGCUCCAGGGCAUUCAUUUUCAGAGGUGGUAAACUAGGC